UUGUAGUUGGCCUUGCUGGUCAGAGACGCUACAACUCCGACAUUUUCUUUCGGUCACUGCCUAAUAAUAAUUUUUGUACUUGCCAUUUGAAGUUUAAAAAAUUUCACAGUGACUAAAUUAAGUGAUUAAAAAUAUAUAUUUUAUUCUACUUAAAAUAAAAUAUUGUCUCAAGACACUUAAAUCAUCAACCAAGUCAAUACCUGUAUCACUGACUGUAACUAUGAGUCAUGCAUACAACAAAUACAGUAUGAGUUCCAGGGGAAGAGGAUUCAGUUCCCGAGGAGGUGGAGGUGGAAGUAGUUCUUACCGAGGACGUGGUGGAAGUAAUUGGGAGACCAGCAGCAACGGUAGCAACAUGAGCCGAGGAGGCUAUGGUUCAUCACGUGGUGGCAGAUUUAAUAAAUACUCUUCUCAAAGUUAUGAUUCGCGCAGUAAAUAUAACUCCAGUGGAUCUUCUGAUCGGUAUUCCAGUAGAGGAGGCAGAGGUGAUCACUCAAAUAAUUACAAACGCCCACGGCAAGAGUCAUAUUCAAAUCGCGAUGAUCACAGAUCAUCAAGUGAUCGUAAACGUGUGAGGAAUGAUUCUUAUCAGGGUGAAAGCAGCAGCUCGCAGAGGUACAACAACCCAUCUUACGGGAGUUCAUCAAGCUCAACGGCUUAUAACGAGAAUAAGAGAUCAUCAUCAGCAGCUGCUUAUGAGGAUAAGAGGCAGAGUGAACGUGGAUCCUCUUAUCACCGUUCAGACGAACGUCAUUCUUCGACAUCGAGAAAUUAUGCAGCACCACCGCCUCCACGUAUUAGCGACAUGGCACCACCAUCACAGCGUUACAACAGUUCUAAUCGUGGCGGUGGACGUUUGUCACGUCAAAGUAGUAACUACCGCGGACGUGGUAUCUCAACACGUUCAAGAGGCGGUACUUUUCGAGCUGGGAGCUCACGUUCAGAUUUACUCUUGAGUCGUAAACGUGCUCUCACUUCAGCUCUUGAAUACCGUCGUAAGCUUCUGAGUUCGCGCUCACGCGAGUACAUUCAACGGGUACGAUUGGCCUCAUCUAAAAUACGCAGGAGUGGUACUAGGAUAUCCGGAAGUAAAAAGGAGUCAGGAACCGGGUCCAGUUUAAAGGAUAAGGAUAGAGUCGACAAGGCUCUUAAUGACGCUUAUUCCGAUGAGGACGAUGAUGAUGAAGACAAAGAUGCGGAAGAAAAUUGGGGUGCUGAUGAAAAGGAGCCUCAUUCAGACGAUGAACAAGACAAUAAUGAAGAAGAAAAUAAGUCAAAGGAUGAGAAGCGUAAGAAAGAAAAAUCUGAACGUAAAAAUGAUGAACAUGAAGAAUUAAAAGAUGGCGAAAUUAAAAGAGAAGAGAAUCAUGAUAAACUUGAGAAUGAAGAAGAAACUGAAGGUGAUGAAGAAAAAAACGUAAAAAUUAAAGAAGAAAGUAGAGAACCUGACGACACACCAAACAGUAGACGCGAAGGUGGUAGGCGAUUUAUUAAACUCAAUUGUCCACACUGUUCUCAUCGCAGUGUUACGUUCAAAGACUACUCAGUGCAUUUGUAUUCCGGAAGACACAAUACAGCUAUGAGACGAAUUGCAGCUCGUCAUAAGGCCAGCUUAGCUCGCAUGCGAGUAUUACAACGUCAAGAACAGCGCCGACAUGAAGCUCGAGAAGCGUCACGCGGAACUCUUCCGUCGCGGACGAUGUUUUGUCAAAUUUGCAAGCUUAAUUACCGGUCACUGAAGGCCGUACAUCACGCGUCUGAGUCUCAUCGUCAGAUUAAGAGGUUCCUUACACCCUUCUGUAGAGUUUGUAGAAUGCAAUUUCGGUCGCCGAUGCUCUUCGAAACUCAUACUUGUUCACUGGACCACAUCAAGCGCAAGAGUGUUGUCGAUGAAAAAAAAAGUGCAGGCAAUGCGGAGGCCGAUGGAGAUUCAAGCGCGAUGGAAGACGAUGACAAAGAUCAUAAUCUUGAUAACUUUAUGACACUUGACUCUGUUGGAGAUGUUGAUGCUGAAGAAGAUGAAGAGUCAUUGGAAAAAAAGAAAAAAGAAAAAAUUGAGACCGAAAGUCCAGCGGAGCCUGAAAAAAAACCUAAGCAGAAACAAACUAUUAAAGUAGGAGUUGAAUAUAUUAAAACUAUUCAAGUUCAAUUUUGCGAUCUUUGUAAAGUAUAUCUUCCACGUAAUGAAAAUUCUGAAAGAGCCUUGGCUUUUCAUUGUUCAACUAGAAGCCAUCUUAAACGUUAUGUUCGUGACAACGACGACAAAUUAUUACGUCGUCAAGCAGAAAGAAUCCAUCUUCAGACCUCAACCACCACAACAAAUAAUGUAACAAAUUCAACGAACCCUUCGGAGAAUGCAAAAGAUUCGCCAACUAAUGCACAGCCACUAACUACCAGCAUUAGCAAUGUGUCUGGAAAUUCAGAAACUUCUGUUGAAAGUAAUGCUGGUAAUGGCGGUAAUUGUCAAGAGAGCGAACCACAUCAAAAUUCAUCAGAAGCUGAUCCUCCUAUGAGUCCGUCAAAACAGGACAAAGCUCAAGAAGACGACGAUGAUUAUCAAAAUGACGGUGAUAAACUCUGGGAUGAUGUUGACAAAGAUUUAGGAGAUAUAUUACGGGAAGUCGAACCCGGUAAAUCGAGUGACGAUGAAGACACACGUUAUGACAGGUUCAAAAAUACUGACAAAAAAGCUCAACAUAACAAAGAUAAAAAUUCAGAAGAAGCUGAAGAUAAUAAUAAAAAAAAUGAAAUUAAAGUUAAGGUCGAAACUGCUGAGGAUUAAUUUUGUAUGAUUUUUUAUUUUAUAUUUUUUUUUACGCAGAUUUUCAUUUUAUUAUUUUUUUUUUAACUAAUCAAUUCAAAUUAACUGAAGCUAAUUUGGAAAUUAUGCGAGUUGUUAAUAUCGAAAAGCAUGAAUUUUACAAAUAAUCGGCUUAAUCAACAAUGUUUUGCUGCGGUAUAUAGGUACAUCAUUCAUCACA